CGUUACCAAGGAAACCAAGCGGGGCCGAUGGACGCGAGGCCUCGAGUCGCCGCCAUUUCGCACACGUGAGAAGAUUGCGGCAUUUACCCCCUCCCCACCACCCCACACACCCCCUCUCUCUCUCUCUCUCCCAAGCGCCAUGGCCGCCUCUGCCCCCUCCCUGAGAAGGAAAUGUCUGAGCACAUAUAUCAAUGUGAUUGAGGAUGAUGAAGGAACUUCAAAAAGAUGUGAAGCUUUUUGCCCUAAAACAGUCUACGAACAAGUCUGUGAAGAACCAGUUGCUCCUAAUAGGGGAAUAAAUUUUCCAAGUCUAGUCGACCUACGACAAGUAACAAUACUGCCAAAGGCUGAAUGGCAACGUAUUGAGGACGUGGUGAGUGGUGUAGAUUGUGAAGCAGAGUUUAACCGGGCCCAAAGAGAGGAACGAGAAGAAUUACACAAACGAUCCAAAGAAGUGAUCAAACACUGGUCAAAUACCAUUGCAGGUCAUAGACAAAAAAAACUUGCAGCCAGAAAAAUUCGUGAAGAAAAGGAGGAAGAGGAGAGAGUACGGGUAGACAUAGAGGAAGCAAAGUACAUGGCUCAGAAAAGAAAACAAGAAAUUGAAAGAGCCAAAGUCAUGUACUACCACCAGACUGACCGAGUGAAACAAUUUCAUUCUGCAUUUCUGCUUACUGAAGUGAUGAAAGAACGAGAAGCCCAGAUUGAUCUCAAACGGAAAAAGCUUAAUAUUCUUAAAGGGCAAGAGAGAGUCGCAGUGGAGGAAAUGCAUCGAAUGCUGGAAAAAGGUGCUUAUAAUGAACAGGAAAAAAUGGAAAAACAAAUGGAAGCGAGGAAGGGUCUUGCUGAUUUCCAUCUAGAACAGAUAAGGGAACAUGACAAUGAAAAACAGCAGGAUAGAAAAGAAAAUAUAAUGGAAGGAGAAGAAAUCAAGAAAUUAGCACGUUUACAUGAAUGGGAACGUGAUAAACUUGAAGCACUAAAGAAGCAAGAAAAAUAUAAUAAUAUGGUCUCUCAUUUGGCACACCUUGAAAACAUGAAUAUAUUCAAAACAAUACAGAAGCAGAAGGAAUUAGAUAAAGAUGAAGAGAUCAGGGCAUUUGUUUCAGCAAAACAAAAAAUGUUGAAAUAUAGGAAAAAAAAGCAAGCAGAAGAUAACAAGCAGAUCGAAGAACACAGAAACAGGAUGUUAGAGGUUUUAGGGAAACAGUUAAAAGAUAAAAUAGAAGACGAGGAUGACCGCAUUAAGAGAGCCACAGCAGAGAUGGAGGCUAAAAGUGAGAAAGAGAUCAGGGAAAAGGAAGAAAAACGGAUGGCUGAUUUGAAGUCCAUUGCAGAACACAGAAUUAUGAUGCUGAAAGCAAAAGAGGAUCAGGAAAAAGAAGAAAGAAUAGAAGGACUUGAAAUUCUUCAUGCAAAGAAAGAGGCAUAUCGCAUAUUUGGUAUGAAAAAGGCAGAAAAACAGCAGAAGAUUCUCGAAGAGUGCAAGAAAUUGCAAAGCUUUCAAAUUCAACAACUGGCUGAAAAGAAAGCGAGAAUUUCACAUGACCGCAAUACUGAUCUUGAUCUUGAAAAACACACUAAUGCUCUACUGGCUUUGGAAGAAAAGAAAUUCCAAGAAUAUGCAAAAAGAGUUAUUGAUUCAGCCACUGAGAAUGGGCGAAAUACCUACCCACUUCUUAAAGCUGCUCAUUGUGGUAUUGGCGGUGGCUAUGGACCAGCAUUUGAAGGGAAAGGUGGAAUAAAACCCAGUUACCAGUCCCAAGAUAAGAGUGGAGUUCAACUUCCGAAAUACACACGUGGUACAACUGAGCAGAUUAAGCACCUACAUGAUACCGGUGACAUCCAGUGGUCUAAGCAAGCCCUUGGAUUUAUGUGGUAAUGAUCCUAGAAAGUAGAGAAUGAUUUGUUUGCAAUAAAAAGAUGAAGAAUAAUACCGCACUUCAUUUUACAAUUGGUCUUCCUGUAUAAUUUAUAUCCUAGCAACCUUUGUACUGAAUUAUAAUAAUCCUUGCAUUAAAUUAUUAGAAUAGUAAUUAUAAUUUAGCCAAGCAUUUGAUAAUUACAUUUUAGAGUACCGAUUUUGUGAUGUAUUUGAACGGUUUAAGUAAUCAAAUAGUAAAUGAAAUGUAAUGUCUGGUGAAAAAAAAACCAAUAAAACCUGACAAACCGA